AUGCAACCAAACAACACCGAAGCAACCAUCAAGUUUUCCAGUUCAGCAUUCUAUUGCCGAUACGAAUCAGGCGAAUUACGAGACUCUCAGAAUACCACCUCUGUUUACUUGAUUGUAGCCGUUCUGACAUUUAUUCCUUUACUUCCUACCAUUCUUAUGAACGCGAUGGUUAUCCUAGCUAUAAAGCAAAAGAGAGAACUACAAAGACCCUCUAACAUUCUGUUGUCAAGCUUGGCUGUUACAGAUCUUCUAAUUGGCAUUACGGUAAUGCCUUUAUUUGUCAUUGUUAAUUUUUUAAUAUUCCAGCAAGAUUGGUCUGAACUUACAUGCAUGUUAUUCUUGGUGAAUCCAUGCUUAAUGCAACUGCUCUUCUUGGCUACCUUAUUUCACUUGACAAUUAUUGCUUGGGAGAGGUACGUGGCGAUACAGAGGUGGAUGGACUACAAGAUUCUCAUCACAAAUAGCCGCCUCAAGAAACUGGUGAUAGCUGCCUGGAUCUCAGCGCUUUUUCCUGCGGUUCCAAACCUAAUAGUCAGAGUAGCUGAUGGAAAUGGUGCAAUUAUAGGAGCCUUUUUCGUGGUGUGGACUGCUGAGGCAGCAGCUUGCUUAAUACUUAUUGCAUAUUUCUAUCGAAAGGUGUACUUUGGAAUACGCGAACAUAAAGUAAACGAAAUCCAGCAAGUUGAUGUUCUCACGAAGGUUAAGCUUGAAUCCAAAGUUGCCAAGACAACUGGCUUGCUGACCGCUGCACUGAUAUUCUGCUUUAUCCCAGUAGUUGUUUUUACCAUCUUACAUAUACGAUAUGUUUUCCCAGCCACUCGCGCAAAUGUUGGUCUCCGGAUUACAACUCUGGUGACGCAGUGGAAUUCAUUGUUUAAUCCACUGCUUUAUUGUUAUAGAGAUCGCCGUUUCAGGAAUGCCAUUGGCGAACUUUUACGAUUGAAAAAGCCUGCAGCAAUCCAGUCAGCAGUCGGUGCUGCUCAAUAUGUCAGACGAAAGGAGCCUUUAGGAUCGUCAGAGCACCACAACCCGAAAGAACGUAAACAACGCUUGACAAGAUCAGCAUCUUGCAAUUCAUUAGUUGCUUUAGAUUCUAGUCUUGGGGCAUCGACCGAAGUUAUGUUGAAGAGAUCUUUGUCUAUCGCCGCGCUUGAUAAAUGCAGCAACACCUUUGACGGUCUAGAGCUGGGGAAAACUUCAUCCAUCGUGGUAACGAAUGCAACAACACACGCCGAAAUAGGCGUGCAAAGUAAAGCGAGGGAAAACAAUCUUGAAUGUACCAGAGAUGUGAGCAAACAUCAAGCUUAA